AUGUUUGAAGGGGAAAUAUUCACAGAUUGUGUUAUUAAGAUUGGUGAAGAUUCUAUAAAAACACAUCGUUGUAUUUUGGCAAGUAAUAGUAAAGUAUUUCAAAAAAUGUUCGAGCAUGAUGGAAUGAUUGAAGCUCAAAAUGUAAGCAAGAAUAACAUAGAGGGAGGGCAUAGAGGGGGACGAAUAGUAAAACUUGCAAUAAUAAAUGAUACAUGAA